AUGAACAAGGAUCAUCCAGUUGUUAUUGAUAAUAGAUAUCUACUUGCUACUCUUCAUUAUCAAGGACGUCAUUCUAACUUUUACAAUGCUGUAGAUAUAUAACAGGAAUAAAAAUAGAUCUUAAUAUAAAUAGUAUUAUGAAGUAAAUAUCAUUAUUAGAUAACUGAUUCAUUAUGUAUUUGUAAAUUAUUUAAACGAUUGGAGUAAUGUAAUAUUGUUAUAUUAUUAAAAUAUAGUGAUUGAUUGUAGAGACAAAUCUAAUGAUCAUCAUAACAGAAUGUCAAGAUUCAUUCCAAUACCAAGGAUUUAUAAGAUGGGAACUAUAGUAGUUUAAGACAUUACUUAUCAUUAUAUUGCAUGGCAAAAGAGUGGACCUUCUUUGAAAUUAUGUUUUAAAUUGAUGAAAUAUAAAUUUUCUCUGAAAACUAUCAUGUUGGUAGCACUUAAAAUGGUAAUUAUAAUUUAAAAAUCAGCAUGAAGAUUACUAAUUUAUAGUAAAUUCAUAAUUUAAACAUUUUACAUAGAAAUCUGAGAUUAUCUUGUAUAAUGACAACGAACCAUUCAAAUUUAUUAAUCACUAACUUUGAUGACCAUGUAGAGUUUCUUAAUAAAGAAGGUAAAAUAUCAAACAAGGCAAAAUUAAUUCAUGUAAAAACAAAUAAAUUUAGUAGUAUUGGAUAACAUCUACAAUAAAGUACAUUAAAUAAUUUAAUAAGUUAGUACCAUCUCCACGAGAUGAUUUAGAAUCUCUUGGUUAUCUUAUAUUAUAUUUAUUAAGUUAAGGGAAAUUACCAAAUAAAUGUUAAACAAAGGAUUAAAAUAUCAGAGAUAAAUUUUAUAUGGAAUUCAAAAGAUAAUUUCUACCAGAAAAAGAAUUGAAAUAAUAUCCAGAACCAUUUUUGUAAUUCUUUUAAAAUGUAUUCAAAUUGGGAUUUAAAGAAAUUCCUAAUUAUGAAAUUUUAAAAUAACCCUUUAUUUAAUAUCUAGGUAGAUAAGAAUAAGAUUAUAAUUUUGAUUGGUCAGAAGUAUUCAAACCUCUUGUUGAAUAAACAGCAACUUCAGAAAUCUCACUUAAAGAUAAAACAGGUACUUUUGAAUCCUUAAUGAUGAUUAAUAAUAAAAAUGAACCUUGUAAAGUUAAUUCAUCUGCUCCAACAAGUCCAACUACAUAAUAACAUAUGAAUAAGCCAAAAAAACCUUCAAGAUUUACUCUAGCACCUAUAUUAGAAAGAAAUGAAUCUUAAAUGACUAGCUUAAAUAAUUGUGAUUCUAAUGCAGCAUCUCCAAGAUUUAAUCAUAAAAUACAAAAUCUAAAAUUUGAUAAUUUAUAAUAGGAUUCUUCUUCAGGUGAAAUUAGUCCAAUUGAUGAACCUACUGUUGAUUAACUUCCCAAUUUUGAAUACCAUCAACAUGAUACUAUGUGA